AUGGCGGAGAGAGACACCCUACAGGCUGUCCUACCGUCUGUCCUGACAGAUUUAGAGAAUGAGUUCAUUCGUAAUGGCGUUCCUGAUGCACUUUCAGCUCAAUUCCUCAGUUGUGUGAAGUACAACGUCCAAGGCGGAAAACUCAACCGCGGUUGCAUUGUCCUGAGCACUGGUCGGCUCAUGUCAUCUCAACCUCUGAGCCCACGAAAGACUCGGCAUCUCAGCAUCCUGGGCUGGCUCACCGAGUUCUUUCAGGCUGCAUACCUGAUUUGGGACGACAUAAUGGACGCCUCAGAGUACCGUCGCGGUCAACCUUGCUGGUAUCGCCGAGAUGGGGUUGGGCUCAGUGCCGUGAACGAUGCGUGCUUGAUCAAAUCAUCAAUUAGGGCACUCCUACGGCAUUACUUCCUCGAUCAUCCGUGCUAUAGCCAGUUAGAGGCGCUUUUCCAUGAAGCCGCAUUUCGGACAGAGCUCGGUCAGCUUGCCGACAUGACGACCAGCGACCAAUGUCACCUCGCUGAUAUGACCAUGGAGCGCUACACAUUUAUCGCAGAGAACAAAACUGCAUUCUACAGUUUCUGUCUUCCCGUGAUGCUGGCCCUGUAUUAUCUUCAACUUGCGGAUCCGAAGACCGUGGAGAUUGUGCAAAGGGUUCUUCUUCGAAUGGGAUGGUAUUUUCAAGUCCAGGAUGAUUAUCUUGACGUGUUCGGGGAUCCGAACACUACUGGCAAGGUUGGGACAGACAUACGGGAUAACAAGUGCUCAUGGGUCGCUAUCAAGGCUUUUGAGCUUUGCAAUUCUGAACAGAAGGCCUUGCUCAGUCUCUGCUACGGAAGACCCAGCGUUCAAGCAGAGGACCGGGCGAAACAGCUCUUUUGCGAGGUCGAUAUUGAGAAUUGCUUUCGGAGGGUGGAAAUUGCCGAGGAACGUGAUCUUGAGGCACAGAUUGAUCAAAUUGGAGGUGAGCAUGAAGACCUCAAAGUCGCCCUCCGGUCAACUCUCAAGAAAAUAUCGCGGCGAGAUAAAUAG